CGAGAGGAGAAGAAGUCUUCGCUUCUUCGCAGGGACCAGCGCGUCUUCUUGUCCUCCAAAAUGUCCAAGUUACAGCAGCUCAGACUCUUCGUGAAUGAGCGUCUGACAGCAGCAGCGGAGGAAAUCUUCGGCGCCGUGGAGAGAACCAUAUUAGAGUUUCACACUGACAAAGCUUUUGUGUCCCAGUCAGAAGAUGUGAAGCCCAACGAGCUGCUAACGCUAGCCGAGGCUCUGAAAGCGGAGGAGGAGGAGGUGUUCCCGGCAGGCUCCCACCAGGUGAGUGUAUCCGAAGCAGAGGUCUCCACACAGACAACAUAUGCUCAGGCCAGUCAGCUGUUGGUGAAGCAGGACACACUGAGAGCAGACUUUCUGGUAAAUCAGGAACACUGGCCGAGAGGAGACAAAGGCCAGCUGCAGGAUCUGUUACACUGUGAAGCUGUGGCUUGUUUCAAAUCUGAACAGAGCGCAGGGUCCCCCUCCUCAUGCUUUCAGAGCCAAAGUGUGGCAAGCACACAGGGAGUAGUGCUUUUCCCCCAUGCCUCAACAGAGUCUAGAAAAAUUAAGCAGGAAGCAGAUGGAUGUGGAGGAUCGGAUUUCUGCCAGCCCAUCUCCUCAGAUAGUGGGGCUGAAAAUGAUGCCUGUGAUAAUGAAAGGAUGGAGAGCAGAGCAUCCAAUUCAAAGACAGUGCAGCCAAAAACAAAGGCAAAGCAGAAGCAGAAGAGUUCCAGCUUAAGCACUAAGAAAAGGACAAGUCCUUUCUGUUGUAAGCUCUGUGGAGAAUCUUUCUGCCACAGGAAUUCAUUGAUGAUUCACCUGAAAACACAUGGAGACUGUGCGCUGCAGCACAUAGAAACACACAAGGAGGACAAUCUGUGUCACGUCUGUGGCAAAACAUUCACCACAAAGACCCAUUUAAAAAGGCACAUGCUGAUCCACACGGGUCAGAAGCCUCACUGCUGCAAGGAGUGCGGCAGGAGAUUCGCACGAGGCGAGUGUUUGAGAGUGCACAUGAGGAUCCACACAGUAGAGAGGCCGUACACAUGUGGAGUGUGCGAGAAAGGAUUCAGACAGAGAAGUAAUCUAAUUACUCACAUGAGAAAGCAUACGGGAGAGAAACCUUACCGCUGUGGCAUCUGCUCAAGACCAUUUGCAUACAAGAAGGACAUGCUGAGACACACGCAGAUCCACACAAAGACGUGAAAAACUCAGUCCACCGGGAUGAGCUUUGGUCUAGUACUUCUGAGUUUAACUUGUUUGCUAUUAUAAAUUUUUUUCCUUUUGGUUAAGUGUGAAAAAAGAGAUGGUGAGUGUGUGUGUAUUAAUAGAGCAAAGUGCAUUUUCAAAAUGCUUGUUGUAGAUUGCAAGGGUCAGGCAAAAACCACAAUUUCAAACAAACCACAUUUCAUAAAUAUUAAAAAUAAGCGAGUCUGCUGCUGCCUGGAUGUAUUCAUACCUGUCUGCAUGGUCAGACAUCUCAGUUGAGGCUGUGGGCCACCAGAAGCUGCCCAGUCUUCUACCAGAUGAAAGUGUCUUUGUCAUUUAUUUGAUUUCCCAAUGAAUUAUAUUUUUUGACAUUAAGCAGGCCUACAAAGUGUCUCACAAGAGCAACAUAAUAUUACAUGUUAUGGGGGGGGGGGGGUCCUGGAUGUUUUUAAUAUAGCUGCAUUAAUAUGUCGAACCUCUCUAAAAUAAUUAAUAACAUCAUUUUAGUGUGUUCAUUUGUGUGAACAGCCUGUUCUGUUUUUAAGGGUAUCAACAGGGCCCUGUUUCAGAAAACAGUUUUAGCUAACAGCUCUGAGUUAUUUAACCCUGAGUUUCCGUUCCAGAGUCGACUUCAGUUCUGAGUCAGUCACGAGGGUUAUUUCCUCACUAUAAAUCCAAGGGUUUUUCUGUUUUUAUACACAUGGAUAUAUCUAUCCAUAGAUGUAGAUAUAUCUUUUCAUGGGACAACACUGAAGUUAUGACACUGAUACAAUGUAAAGUAGUCAGUGUACAGCUUGUACAACAGUGUAAAUUUGCUGUCACCUCUAAAUAACUCAACAUACAUCCAUUAACGUCUAAGCUGCUGGCAACAAAAGUGAGUACACCCCUAAGUGAAAAUGUCCAAACUGUGCUCAAAGUGUCAAUAUUUUGUGUUGCAACCACUGGUCUCAUCAGACCACAGGUAAUCCAUGUCCUUAGUCUGCUUGUCUUCAGCAAACUGUUUGCGGGCUUUCUUGUGCAUUAUCUUUAGACGAGGCGUCCUUCUGGGACGACAGCCAUGUGAUGCAGUGUGUGGCGUGUGUCUGAGCCACUGUCAGGCUGACCUUUGACGCCUUCUACAGCAAUGCUGGUACUCACUUUUGUUGCCAGCGGUUUAGACGUUAAUGGCUGUAUGUUGAGUUAUUUUGAGGUAAAAGCAAAUUCACACUGUUGUACAAGCUGUACACUGACUACUUUACAUUGUAUCAAAGUGUCAUAUCUUCAGUGUUGUCCCAUGAAAUAUUUACAGAAAUGUGAGGGUGUACUCAAUUUUGUGAGCUAUAUAUAUAUUUUAUUUUCUUCUCCCCUCCUGCUUCUUAACAUAGCCAUCGUGAUCCACACUGACACAGUGAUAUUCCUCAGUCCACUGGAUUCGAAGUGAAGCUGUGCUUUCUUGGAGAAUCUUGGUGUCAGAGCUCCACUGAUGAUGGUUUUCUUUCUGUACUCAUAAAUGUGCUCAAUCCCAUCCUGAACAUACUCACAGUUGUAUUGAACUAACUGGUCAGCUCUUCUGGAAUGAGAAGCCCAGAGUUAUUGACAUCAAAUUUAACCAACUCACUUUAUUUCUAAACUCAGAUUUUGCUAAACAUGCUUCCCGGAAUAGGGCUUUGGUUGGGUCUUCCAGAGCCCUAUUCCGGGAGCGCGUUAAGGAGAAGCCCCCAAAGUCACGGAAGCGAUCGUUUACCGUCUGUGUGAGCCCUGCUUCUCGCCUGUAGGUUCUUAUGGACUGUAGGAAAGUCUUCAAUGUUGCUGUUGGAAGAAUUCAAAUGUUUUCGUGUAGCUGAGGAUGAGUGCAGUUCUUUGAACUCUGUGGUAGCUCCUACCUCAAUGCUUUUUCUCUCAGUAUAUGAGGUAUAAGUGUGUCCAAUGAUUGACUGAAUGGAACAUGGGCAAUCGCUAAAAUGUUUGCAUUGUAAACAGCAUUUGUUUGAAAAAAUGAUAUCAGUCCAAUCCAAUUUUAUUUAUAAAGCACUUUAAAAUACCCAGCACAGGAACAAAGUGCUGUACAGAAAAUAAGCAUUAAUAACAUGAAGUAAAGAUCUAAGAAUCUUCUUAAACCUGAGCCUGUAUAAGAACCUGAGCAAAGCUGUCAUCUGUCUGUUGUGAGUUACUUCUGUCAGUUUGAAGAUCCCUCUCAAAGUACUCUAAUCAGUUAAACUUGCAGUUACAUUUGACUUAUACUGCUAUAAAAUAAGGACACAAAUGCACCUCAAUUUGUUGUAGCGUAGAUUUCCAUAUUCUACAGGUUUUCCCACAUAUAACGUUUAAUGUAAUAAAAACAUUAUCAUACUUAAUUGCAUGCUCCCCUUUCACCACAGUUAGUGGUCAGAGUUGGGUCCAUAGUUUUUGGGGGGCAUACACCGUUUUUGUAGUUUUGCUGAUAUACACAGCUGUUUAAGUCAGAAUGUGUGAUUGAAGUGCAGACGUUUAGCUUUAAAACAAGGGGUUUAACAAAAGUAUUGCAUUAACUGUUUAAGAAUUACAGCCUUUUAUUUUCUUUCUUUCUUUCUUUUCUUAUUCAUAGUCCCCGAUUUUUUGAGGCCCAGAAGUAAUUUGAGAAUUGACAAGUAGUCAGACAUUACUAAUAAGAAAUUCUAGCGUCGCUUUAGUGAUACACUUUGGGUCAUUAUCAAUUUGCACUGUGACACAAUCAGUUUUGCAGCAUUUGGCUGAAUCUGAGCACAGAUUGUAGCCCUGUACACUUCAAAGUGCAUCCUGUCAGCUACUACUUCUAUCAGCAGUCCCAUCAUCACACAAUAGAGAGCUGGUUCUUUUAGCACUUUGUGGUAAACGCUCUGUGUUUUCAUUGAUCACCUCGACAGUGACACACCUACCUCAUCAAGAGUGUUCUUAAGUUUGUUAGAUGUGAAGUUUCUUAAACCACAUCUUUGAACUAAAAUUACAAUGAAAAUCUAUGAAAUCCAAAUUCAACACCUUGAAUCAACUUAUGAUGUGUUUUCCUCAUUUGUGACAGAGUAUCGGGGGAAGUGACCUAACCUCACCUAAGUUAGUUUUGCCUCUAAAAAUGGGGGACUAUGAAAAACACAGGUAAUCCAUCAUUGUUAAAUGUCUGUUAUUAAAUCAAAAUCCUAUAUUGAUUGAUUUAAAAAUCCACCAUGGUGGUAUAAGGCGGAAAAACUGCAAAAAUUAUCUUUUUCUAACAAACGAUAGCCCUAAUCCCAACCGCCUCUUUCCAUAACGCCAUCAAAACACCAUAUUUAAAUGUAAUUAAAUGGUUUAAGAUGAUGCAGGGAUGCUGUUUGAGUGAAUGAGAUCCUUUAAAUAAACAUCUAAUGAUGUAUUUUGUUGAAAGAAAGUGUAUAUGUGCUUUUCAGGCAUUAAAAUGCAUGUAAGAUGUUGCUGAAUAAAAUGACAUGUUUUCUGUAGACAAUCAUGUACAGUGCAUUAAUCAAAAUAAAUGUAAUGUGCCUAAGGUUCCUCAAAAUCCAGACG